AUGAAUCCAAAUGGUUUUAGUGAACCAAAUUCUGAGCUUCUUGGUCGGUUGCCUCAUCCUUCUUUCUCAAGGCCUACCAGCUUCUCAACCGUCCUCUUCGAUGGUAAAAUUCAUCGAAGACCCACAAGGUCAAAAUGGCGCGGGCAAGGCAACAGAGUGUUACGCAUACGAGUGCAAAACCUGCAGCCGAACCUUCCCAUCAUUUCGAGCCCUAGCCAUGACCGCCGGCGACAAGAAAUCGAUCUCCGGCACAUCGCCGGCCUACAAACAUCAACAACAGCGAUUCAACAACACCAUUUCAAGCCCUUUCGAUCCGCUUCGUAUGAACGAACCGGUUAUUAUCACAAGACGCACGAGUGCUCCGUCUGUGACUCCGAGUUCACUUCCGUCCAGGUCCUCAGCGGCCACAUGUGCCGCCACCGCCGUGGCUGCGGCAGAGAUUCCGGCGAAAUUGCUCAUCGUCGUCCUAAGAGGCAUAGAAGUAAUUUGUUGUGUUUGGAGUUGGAUCUCAAUCAUCCAACCACCGAAGAGAAUAAAAGAGAUCAAUCCGGCGUCGUUUCAAUGGCCGCCAUGGAUCUGGUAAGCUCCCUUAAACCAUCUAUUAAAUUAGAAACUAUUAUCCCAUUAAUUUUUUGUAGAAAAAUUAGGGAAGUAGAAUCUCCAAGGGCAUAUUGGGGCGAAUAG